AUGACGUUACUGAUCAUAAUUAUGAAUGACGCCGAGAAGAACGCGUCGACAGGACGUGUACUGCUCCGUCAUCACACGGCCACCGCAAGAACGCCGCCGCUGCCAGACCUUCCGAAGGAAUUGAUAAUGGAUAUCUUGCUGAGGGUUCCGGCAAGGACGCUUGUUUCCCUAAGGAGCGUGUGCAGUUCCUGGAGAAACCUAGUUUCCGACCCUGACUUCACCCGCAACCACCUUCGUCGUUCAUGCUUAUGCGAUCCAAGCCUGACUUCGCUACGAAAUGCUUGUUACAACAGUUUGCCCCUCAGACACAAUGGUGUCAGAUAUGACAGUUUUGGAAUUCUGUCCGUACGGUCAAUAAUGGACAAACCUUUUGAACCUACUAAAGUCGAUUACUUCAGUGGACAACGCUACAACAGAAUCGUUGGUUUUUGCCAUGGAUUGUUAUGCUUUUUUGAUGAUGAUGAUGGCGGCCAGAAUACACAUGGCAUGUUGUGGAACCCUUGUACCGGAUUCACAUUCCAGUCACCGCAAAUCAGCGGUCAAGUCAGCGUUUGUGGCUUUGGUUAUAAUCAUCUCAGUGACAGCUACAAGCUUUUUGGAAUUAUAAGGUAG